UCUCGCCCGCCACACCAUCUGCCCACCCAAGGGCCUCUAUAGCACAGCACCUACCCAGAGUCUCGCAGAGACAACAACCAGGACGCCCCUUGGACGACCUCCACCCCCCGCCAUGGACCCAAGUGUCAUGCAAGGCAUUGACGCUUUCCAGCCUUCCGCCCACGACGCAGCUGCCAGCUCCCCCGACCAGCCUGCCGCCGCUGUCAAGCCCCAGCACCUUUCAAAGAAACGCAAGUGUGCCGAGCCCAAGCCGCCCUCGGCUCAAGACCUGUCUGCCCUCGAUUGCUCCGAUUACUGGCUCCGCUUUGACAGCGACACCGAGAGCAUCACCUACCCCCAGGACAACGAAACCUCCUCCUCUUCCCAAGCCGCCGCGCAGUCGCGCAGCUUCUUCAACGCCUUCACGCCCAACCUGCGCGGCGGUCUAGCCUACCCAGGCGACUUUGGCUUGAGCAGGCGCUCGCCAUCCAACGACUUACUCGACGACAGUCCACUGGACAACGCUUUGUCAGAAGAGGAAGAUAUCUUUUCCGCCCUGGCACUGGACGAGGAACUCCGGAGGACAGAAGCUGCACCCAUCCCCAACGACGUACCCCCACGGGAGACUUUGUACUCUACUCCGCUGAGCUGGGAGCCGCCGCAACCAGGUGUGCGCAUGGAGAGCUACAUCAACAUGAAUCCAGCCUUCAACAACCCCGAGCAGCGCCGUCUCCUCGCCAUUGCCAUGGGGACUGGCCAAGCCUUCUCACCCGACGGCACCAGGCCAGAUGCGAUCAUGGAUUUCAACUUCGACGACAUCACACACAGCCCCGCGAGCACGAAUGCACGACCACGGAGACCACAGCCUCCAACGAGAACCGACUCAUCCGAGAAGCAGAAGAUGAAGCCCAAGAGCAGCGAGAGAGCGGCCCAUAACGACAUUGAGCGCAAGUAUCGGACCAACCUCAAGGAUCGGAUAUCCGAGUUGCGUGAUGCUGUACCCUCACUCAGGGCCAUUCCAGAAGACCCAGAUGACGACUCUGGGGCAGCUGCAUCUCGCUCAACACCCAAAGUCAGCAAGGGUACGAUCCUGACCAAGGCUACAGAGUACAUUCAUCAGCUCGAGCGCCGCAAUCGAUCCAUGGAGAAGAAGCAUGAAGAGCUCUGCCGGAGACUGCAAGCAUUUGAGCAGCUGGUUGGUGCAACACCUUCGGGUCCAACUUGGCAACCCCAAGGCUACGGCACCGCCGUUUUCAACCCCAGAGCAUUCCCAUGAGCAACAAGGAGGCACGCAUUUGGCAAGCCUAUCAACCAACGAUCACAAACCAAUCAACCUUACCACAUCCUCCCGAAACGAAUCAGCCUACACAUUCAUCAAAACUUCGCACUCUCAUGAUUUAUGACCACCAUACUGCUUUGCAUGAGG